CACAGCACAACCACCUGUAUCCUGAUGUCACAGUUCUCUGUAACAGAAAGCUUCCUUUAAUGCACAACUGCGCGCGUCGCCGCUCACACACCAGCCAUCAUGAACAAGAGAAGACCGGGCAGCUUCCGCGCGACAAGCCCUGACCAACACAAAGCCAAAGCUCAAACAAAAGCAAAUGGGAAGAGUAAAGAGCAGGGAGAUCAGCAUAAGACUGACAGGGAGGAUAAGUCUCCGGAGCGCUCAGAGGCCAAGAGCGCGCCAAAACGGGAAAGCAGGAAGCAACAGAGUAAAAAGGAGAAAGAUCCUCAUGACAAACCUAAUGAAACCCCAGCACCAAAACGGGGAACUAGUAAUCGACACAGUAAAAAGCAGACAGCCAGGCAGUCUCCGGAGAUCUCCGAGAGUAAGUACGAAGAAAACGGGGCUUCUGUUCCCAGUAACGCAAACAAAGUUGCCGAGACCGAGAGACAAGACAGUGCACAAAGCAAGCAUCAGAGUAAAAAGUCUGAGUGUGAAAGUGAAGGCAAACCACGGCAGACCGUCGAGAGCAAAUCCGAUGGAAAACCAGCACCAAAACGUCAGAGCACAAAGGAGAGAGCUCCUUUAAACCUAGACAAAGAAGAAUCUCCGGAGAGCCCCAAAAGUAAAUUGGAAGCAAAACCUAGAGGGCGGCAUGAAUCUGCUAUUAAAACAGAUUUUUCUGACUCGAGUGACGCUCAGGACGCUUCUCCAGCGGUUUGCGCGCACAGCUCGGAUCGCCAAAAGAAAAGCGCAGAACAAACUGCAACGAGAGGACUAAGAGUCGAUGACACACUGGGAAAGGUUCUUAAGGCAACUAUUGACAAAUUAAAGAUCAAGAAGAACGAGCGGUCUAAUGCGUCCAGUCGUGUUAAUGACAUAACAGAUAAAGUCAUUGCACACCUGAAACGAAACACGACCUGGUGUGAAGAGAUCGAGAGUUUACGAACUGGAAGUUAUUAUGAAAACCUUAAAAUUUGUGAACCAGAUGAAUUUGAUGUGAUGCUGACUAUUCCUGUGGAGCGAGUGGACAUUCAGGAGUUUGGUGAGGCCGGAGCAUUUUACAGUAUUGCAUUGAAACGACAUAAGAGACAUCCUCUGGACAGAUUCCUAAAUGAAGACAAGACCAUUCAGGCCAGCGAAAUGCUGAGUGAAUUCAGAGAUGCCGUCAAGAAGGCUGUGGAGAAACUCCCAUACCAAAUUGACAUACAGCGAAAAAAGCCAAAAUGCCCUGCAGUGACGCUGAAAGUAAAAAUGGAAGAAAAAGGAAAGAUCAUUUCUGUCGACUUCGUUCUUGGUCUUAAGGUUCAUCGUGCAAGCUGGCCAGACUUUACAAAAGAUGGCUUCAAAAUAGAAAACUGGCUUGGUAAAAAGGAGAAAGUACAUAUGAAGCAGCAACCAUUCUACCUGGUGCCUAAAUAUGAGGGAAAGGGAAACGCAGAGCAUGAUGGAGUUAUUGCAAAAGAUGCCUGGCGAAUUUCUUUUUCGCACGUCGAGAAAAUAAUUCUGAAAAAGCACGGCCACGCCAAGACAUGCUGUGAACACGUUACACAGAAAUGUUGCCGGAAGGAGUGUCUAAAGCUCCUAAAGUAUCUUCUUCAACAGCUCAAAGAGGACGACUCCAAAUCCAGUAAGAUGUCCAGCUUCUGCUCCUAUCAUGCAAAGACCACCCUUCUCCAUGCUUGUGCUACAAGGGGAACUGACCACGAGUGGGCAUACAGUCAGCUGGCCGACUGCUUCCAGCAGCUUUUGGAAGACUUUGUGAAACACCUGAGAAAUCGUCAUCUCCCUAACUUUUUCAUUCCAUCCCAUAAUCUCUUACAUCAAGCCUCUCCGAGUAGCUGUGAUUUCCUGGCAAAUGAAAUUGAGUUUCAGCGCAAUAAUAACUUUCCUAUAUUCAGUUAAUUUUGAU